GGUAAAGAAGAUUCCUUAAAAAAAGCGUAAACGUCAACAAAUAAGAACGUAUGUUUGAUUUUCAACAAAAAUUAAUUAAAUCCCACGAUAAUGGCUCAUUCAUCAUCGCAACAACCCUUAGCGUGGAACCCCAAUAAAAAACAUAGCGAUCCAGAGCGUUGGAUUUGUAUUUACCCAGCUUAUAUAAAUAGUAAAAAGACUUUAGCGCAAGGGAGACGAAUUCCUAAAGAAAAAUGCGUUGAGAAUCCAACCCAUCAAGAGAUUAGGGACGUUUUAUCAGCGGCCGGAUUAAAAGUUGGAGUCGAAAACAAAUUGUACAGUCGCGAACGGAGUAAAGAAGCCUUAUUUAGAGGUAGAAUUCGGGUUCAGAUUAAAAAUGAAGAUGGAACUUCGUGUGUUGCUAAGUUUGCAAGUAGGGAUAGUGUUAUGUUGCAUUUGGGGGAAAUGAUUCCAAAAUUAAAGACAAGGCAGGUUAAGCCGAGUCCAGAACCAAGCCAAGCUAGCGGUGGUGGUAAAGGACGAAAGGGAAAAGGAAGGCGAUAAAAAUACUUUUAUUUUGAAUAAUUAAUUAUUUUUCGUUAUCAAUAAAUUCUUUAGGUUGGGUAA